AUGGAAAAACCUACUUCGUCUGAUGCCAAGCCUCAACAAGUACAAUUAACGGGGAUUUCGCCACCUAAACCGCUUCGUAUGGUUGGUGAUAAUCUCGCUGAAAUCUGGAGACUUUGGAAACAGCAAUGGGAAAAUUAUGCCAUUGUAGCACAACUUGACGAACGCCCAGAAAAGUUUCGUGUCGCUAUGUUUCUACAUGCUGUUGGUCCUGAAGGGCUUAAGGCCUACAACACAAUGACAUUCGAAGACGAACCAACAUUACAGAGCAUUCUCUCAAAUUUUGAACAGCUGGCUAUCGGGACACUAAAUGAAACUUAUGAAAGAUACAUUUUUAAUCGAAGAAAUCAAGAGCCCGAUGAAAGUAUCGCUCAGUAUAUAACAACAUUAAGAGCCUUGUCUCGCACAUGUAAUUUUGGCGAUUUACAUGACAGUCUGCUGAGAGACCGAAUUGUCCUUGGUGUUAAUGACCCGAAUACUCGAAAGAAAUUGCUACAAGAAAGAGAUUUAUCGCUGGAUCGUUGCAUAGAUAUCUGCAAAGGGGCAGAAGCAACUAAACAUCAAAUAAAAGCAAUGGGAGAAGAAGGAAAGAUUCAGCAGAUGCGAAAGAACUUUGAAAAGAAAAAGAGGCAAUAUAAUCCAGUUCAAAAGGAACAAUAUUCUGGUAUACGAGAGUGCAAAUUUUGUGGACGUAAACACGAAAUGGUGAAAUCAAAGUGUCCUGCCUUAGGUAAGACUUGCAAUUUAUGUAAGCGUAGUAAUCAUUUUGCUGCUAAAUGCCCUAGAAAGGAUAAGAAAAUUAGGAUUGUUGAAGAGACAGAUUCGUCUGAACUGUCAUCAGAGACCGAAUUUAUAAGUACAGUCUCAAGAAUAAACUCCCUCGGGGGGAAGUCGUCCGCUGCAAUAUAUGCCAAUAUGUUAAUUGAUAAUCAGCCUGUAAGAUUUCAAGUUGACUGUGGUGCCUCAGUUAAUACAAUUUCUAAACGCCUCGUACAAGGAAAAAAAAUAGACAAUGGUCCUGUUAGUCUGCGAAUGUGGAAUUCAUCAAAGGUGCAAGCUAUAGGAACAUGCCGUUUGAAAGUCAUUAACCCAAGUAAUAACAGGAAGUAUUCUAUAGAAUUUGUGGUAGUAGAUAAUGAUGAUUUGACUCCUCUGUUGGGUUCUAAAGCUUCACAACAGAUGGGGCUCAUAACAGUAAACACUGACAAGUUUGUUUGCAUGAAUGUUAUCACUGGGUUACCUCAGUCAGAAACGAAAUCUAUUCGAGAUGAGUUUGCUGACAUAUUUGAUGGAUCCCUCGGAACAUUCCCUGGAACAGUCCAUUUAGAAACUGAUUCAUCAGUAACCCCAUCUAUUCUACCACCCCGACGAGUACCUCACGCUAUAAAAGACCAGUUAAAGGGAGAGUUAGAUGAUAUGGUUAAAAAAGGGAUUUUGAGCCCAGUCGAAAAGCCCACUGAAUGGGUAAGCCAAUUCGUUGUUUGCCGAAAGAAGUCAGGCAAAUUGAGAGUAUGCAUAGACCCCAAACCUCUAAACAGAGCACUUAAAAGGGAACAUUAUCAUUUACAAGUUUUGGAUGAUGUUCUCCCCAGCCUUAAUAAAGCAAAGGUAUUUACAAAGCUUGAUCUUGCAUCUGCUUUUUGGCACAUCCAAUUGGAUGAAGAGUCGAGUUUUCUGACUACCUUCAAUACACCCUUCGGAAGGUACAGGUGGCUCAGACUACCAUUUGGUAUUAAAGUAUCAUCUGAGAUUUUCCAGAAGCACCUGAAUCAAGUCCUGGAAGGUUUAGUUGGAGUGGUGUGCAUCGCCGAUGAUAUUGUUGUAUAUGGUUGUGGUGAAACAAUGGAAGAAGCCCAACGUGAUCAUGAUAACAACCUGACCAACCUGUUGAAGAGAUGCAGAGAAAAGAAUGUUAAGCUGAGUUACGAGAAGUCUAUGUUCAAUCGUGCAGAAAUACCAUUUAUGGGACAUCUGAUUACGAAUGAAGGGCUCAAACCAGAUCCUGCCAAGAUUGAUGCUGUUGCAAACAUGACCAAACCCACUGAUGUGAAGAGCAUCCAAAGAUUCAUUGGUUUUGUGACAUACUUAAGUCGGUUCCUUCCUGACCUCUCCGACCGCCUAGAACCUUUGAGACAACUUGUUAAAACCAACCAAGCUUGGAAUCAAACCCAUGACGAGAUAUUUGAGGAUGUGAAACGCCUGAUAACCACAAGUCCUGUCCUUGCGUACUACAACCCUGAAGAAGACCUAGUUAUCCAGUGUGAUAGUAGUGGUACAGGUGUUGGAGCGGCGUUGAUGCAAAACGAUCAGCCAAUAGCUUACGCGAGCCGUGCAUUGGGUGAUACAGAAACACGUUAUGCACCUAUAGAAAAGGAAAUGUUGGCAGUCGUGUAUUCCUUAGAACGGUUCCAUCAGUAUACAUAUGGUCGGCACACCGUGGUAUACAGCGACCAUAAGCCACUGGAGAUGAUACUCAAGAAGCCGCUUAUCAAGGCACCAAAGAGGCUCCAGAAUAUGAUCCUUAGAGUACAAAAGUACGAUUUUACAUUGUUUUAUAAGCCUGGAAAAACAAUGUAUCUUGCCGACACCCUUUCAAGAGCUCAUACCACAGAUGACAAAGACCCAAUCAUGGAUCAAGCAGAUGUUAAUGUGGUGACCUAUCUCCCAAUGAGCGAAGAGCGCCUCAGUGAAAUAAAAGGAGAAACUGCAUGUGAUAGUACUUUACAAUUAUUGAUGACAACCAUUGCUAAUGGGUGGCCUCAAGAGCGUUCUAAGUUACCCGAAAGACUAAUGCCGUAUUGGAGCUACCGAGAUGAGCUCGCUGUGCAUGAUUCGUUGGUAUUCAAAGGUCAUCAGGUUGUCAUUCCCUUGACGCUUCGCGAAGAUAUGAAAGCCAGGAUCCACUCAGCGCAUUUGGGUGUUGACGGUUGUCUGAGACGAGCUCGUUUGUCCUGUUUUUGGCCAAGAAUGGCAAGUGAUCUGAAGCAGUAUAUUUUGGCCUGCGACAUCUGUCGAACGUACGGCACCUGCCAACAAAAGGAGCCGUUGCAUCCCCAUGAAGAAGUAACCCGACCUUGGGAGAAAGUCGGAUCAGAUUUAUUCACACUAGAAGGGAGAACGUAUUUAGUAACUGUUGACUAUUAUAGUAAUUUUUGGGAGAUUGACUACCUACCAACAAUUACAUCCGUUGCUGUGAUUAACAAGACGAAAGCCCAUUUCGCCAGAUAUGGAAGUCCAAGUGUUUUGGUGAGUGAUAAUGGUCCACAAUACGUAUCGGAGUCCUUUGAAAGAUUCGCCAAAGUAUGGGACUUUGAACAUCGUACUACCUCUCCAAGGCACAGCAAGUCUAAUGGCAAAGUGGAAUCGGCUGUUAAGACUGCAAAACGAUUGCUAAGGAAGAGUAUGGACGCCAAGACCGAUCAAUACAUGGCACUGUUAGACCACAGAAACACACCAACCCAAGGGUUAACAAGUAGUCCAGUGCAGCGAUUUAUGAGUAGGAGAACAAGGACAACGAUUCCAACAACUGUCGAACUGCUCGAACCACAAGUAAUUAAGGAAACGGAUCGACAACAAUCAAGAGUAAAGAAACAAAUGAUCUAUUACAACACUGGAGCAAAACCCUUACCUCCGUUGAAAGUAGGAGAUGUGGUGCGAAUGAGGCCGUAUCAGCUUGGUGACAAGAAGUGGAAGAAGGCGAUCGUGAAAGAGAAAUUGGAUUUCCGAUCUUACAUGAUUAGUGUCAACGGACAAAUCUACAGACGGAAUCGAGUGGAUUUGCGAAAGACCGAAGAGACCCCAGAUAAUACAAGGAGUGUACAUUGGCCGAGGUUUUCAACUAAGAAAGCAAGUGAUGCUUGUGAAAAUCCUGAAAGACAAGAGCUAGCAAAGCAAAACCUAACUGACAAUUCGAAAGCCAACGCGUCGCUAAGAAGCAACGUGGAAAUGCCAGGAACAAAAUAUUACCGAACACGAUCCGGAAGACAAGUAAAGCCACCGCAGAGGCUAGAUUUGUAG